GCGGCCGCCUCACGGCCACCCCUCAGUGCCCCCCGCGAGUCCCUCCCGGGGCGCCCGUGACGAGACCGUGCGGGUCUCUCCGGGCAGCACUUUGCUUGCAAUGACGUUCCCGUUUGGAUGAGGUGCCCUGGGAAGUUCGCUUUUGGGCAAGGUAAAACACGGCUUUUUCGCUUGUAAAGGAAGAAAGACCUUUUUGGCCCGCUUGUUUUGUCGCUGUCAGUCGCGGUGAAGUGUAAGCCUAAGCCUUCCUUACGCUCACUUGGUAAAAUAAAUCAUUGCUGGCUCCUAGUAGACCAUCUGAGCGAGUCCUUUGGACAGGUCCCAGCUUCGCUGCAGCUAGCCUGAAUUUUACUGUGUGAUUUCCCACUCCCGGUGUUUCACACACAUUCGUUCUGGCCCCAUCUGAAAGUGAAUAUUAACUUUGUGCUGCCUGUACACUGUGACAAGGUUUAUUACACACAACCCAGUAUCAGAGGGAAUUGUGGGGUCACAGCCUAGGUCUUCCCACUGUCUGUGCAGAAUGAACCUGUUCCAGCUGCAUCCCGGGCACACUGGGGUGGGAUGCAGAAGGUAAUUCAUCAGCAAGGCUGGGGUGAGCAGAUUUUGGGAUGUAAUUCGGAUGUAACUGGAAUAACUGAGGCAUGUGUGGUGCCUCAGUUGCUGGAGGUGUGUUUUCAUGCUUCCAGCAGCAAUGUGUGGAGCUUUUAACUGUCCUCCUUGUAUCUGCUAAAUAAUACCUUACUCUUGUUUUUAACUGUGCCUGUCUUGUCCACGGGGAUGGAAAAAUGUUUCAGGUUUUCUCUCCUGCCUUUUACUCAGAAGAACUAAUGUUGCCUUGCUCUUUUUCUGCUUCCCACUUGUCAGGAUUUGGUGGGCUUGAAACUGCAAACUCCACUGCCAGUGGGUUUAAUUUUGGGGGUUUCGGAUUAACUGCUAAUCCCGCGGUGAAUUUUAAUAUUGGGAAUUUCGGUGUUUCCACUACCUCAACUCCACCGUUCAAUUUUGGUAACAGUCUGGCAAGUGCAGGAGCGUUCGGAGGGUUUGGCACCACCACCACCACUGCAGCACCGGCAUUCAGCUUCUCUGCACCCACCAACACGGGCACCGGCGGACUCUUUGGUGCCACCCAGAACAAAGGCUUUGGAUUUGGCACUAGUUUUGGCACAGGAACUGGAACUGGCUUGGGUAGUGGGUUGGGAACUGGGCUUGGCUUUGGAGGCUUUGGAACCCAGCAGCAGCAGACCACGUUAGGUAGCGGGUUGUUCAGCCAGCCUGCCCAGACACCCGCCCAGUCCAACCAGCUCAUCAAUACAGCCAGCGCCCUGUCAGCUCCGACACUCCUGGGGGAUGAGAGGGAUGCCAUUCUGGCCAAGUGGAACCAGCUGCAGGCCUUCUGGGGAACGGGCAAAGGGUACUUCAACAACAACAUCGCUCCCGUGGAGUUCACCCAGGAAAACCCCUUCUGCAGGUUUAAGGCUGUGGGUUACAGUCUAAUGCCCAACAACAAAGAUGAAGAUGGCCUCGUGGUUUUGGUGUUCAACAGAAAAGAAGCAGAUAUUCGAAGCCAGCAGCAGCAGCUUGUGGAGUCACUACACAAAAUUCUGGGGGGAAACCAGACCCUCACUGUCAACAUCGAAGGGGUUAAAACGAUGCCAGAUGACCAGACAGAGGUGAUCAUUUACGUUGUGGAGCGCUCGCCCAAUGGCACCUCGAGGAGAGUUCCCGCCACCACCCUCUACGCCCACUUCGAACAAGCCAACAUCAAGUCGUCCCUGCAGCAGCUGGGGGUCAGCCUCUCCAUGGCCAGGACAGAGCUGUCCCCAGCACAGGUCAAACAGCUCCUGCAGAACCCUCCUGCCGGUGUUGAUCCUAUUAUUUGGGAACAAGCCAAAGUUGAUAAUCCUGAUCCUGACAAGCUUAUUCCUGUGCCAAUGGUGGGUUUCAAGGAACUGUUGAGAAGAUUGAAGGUCCAAGAUCAGAUGACCAAGCAGCAUCAAACUCGAUUAGAUAUAAUAUCAGAAGAUAUCAGUGAGCUGCAGAAAAACCAAACAACAACUAUGGCAAAAAUCGCACAGUACAAAAGGAAGCUGAUGGCACUUUCUCACAGAACAUUACAGGUGUUAAUAAAGCAGGAGAUCCAAAGGAAAAGUGGUUAUGCCAUCCAAGCAGAUGAGGAGCAGCUCCGUGUACAGCUGGAUACAAUUCAAUGUGAACUUAACGCACCAACGCAGUUCAAGGGCAGACUGAAUGAACUCAUGUCCCAGAUCAGGAUGCAGAACCACUUUGGAGCAGUGCGGGCUGAAGAGCGCUAUUACAUAGAUGCAGACCUCUUAAGGGAAAUCAAGCAACACCUGAAGCAGCAGCAAGAAGGACUCAGUCACCUAAUCAGCAUCAUCAAGGAUGACUUGGAGGACAUCAAGCUAAUAGAACACGGGCUGAACGAAAGCAUUCCCAUCAGAGGAGGAGUCUUCAGUUGACUGGAUGCUGCAGGGCUUAGACAGAACACAGUAGUCAAGUUCAUGGCUCACCUUCCAAGGCUAAAACUGUUGAGGUAAAAUAAAAGGUAUCUUGUAGGAGCAAUGCUAUUUUGGCUGUUACCUUUAGAAUUAGCAAAGCCUCUUCUAAGCUUUUAAAAUUGACCUUUGGAAGGUUUAUAUUUUGUAAAGCUGUAUAUGCUUUAACAAAAGAAGGAAAACUGAAUCUGUUCAGAUACUGGUUUACUAUAAAACUAUAUGUACUAUUGUACAUUUUUUUCUUUUUUUUCUCUCCUUUUUUUUACAACAACAUUGUCCUAUAAAUGCAGUGCUGAGGGGAUUGCUUCACUUGCGACUUGGUUUGUGGAAAGUUUAGCCCCCAUCCAUGUUUCUGUUCAAAUGAUCAAGUAACAUUGUGUAAACAGUUAAACCCUUAUGAGGAUGUUAGUUGCUGUAACUAUGUUGGUCCCUGCAAUACCACUAGUUUACUGGGGCAAGCUGCAGGAACUUGUUUCCAGUUUCUGUCCUUCCUUUGGACUGCACGGAUCUGAACGUCAUGUUUUUAUCACUUUACAUACAUGAAUUAUACAGAGCUUCGGUGCCCCUCUAAGUAACAGAAUGUCUGGACAUUGUCUUCUGCCUUUUUUUAAUUGCCCAAGAGUAAUAAAUUCAGUCUGACUUUGUAAUAA